AUGGUAUUAGGACAGCCCAUACGAAAUCUUCUCACCUACACGGGAGUGGAAUGGGAGGAUAAAACGUACGAGAUCUCCCCUCCCGAUGGUCCUGGAAGGCAGGCCUGGGAGAACGACAAGAACGACGGACUUGGCCUGGAUUUCCCGAAUCUCCCAUACUACAUAGACGGAGAUGUGAAGCUGUCGCAGUCGCUGUCCAUCAUCCGCCAUCUGGGAAGGAAGCACGGCCUCUACGGGCAGACGGAGGAGGAGCAGUGUCGACAGGACAUGGCCGAACAGCAACAUGUGGACUUGAAGAUGGCCAUGAUUCGUGCGGUCUACUUCCAAUUCGUCUGUGCACUUCGUGAUCUCCCCACGCCUGAGAGCAAAGCUGAGUAUCUGGAGGGGGCUCUUCCGACACAUCUGAAGCUCUUCACGAAAUUCAUCGGCGAUCGCAAUUGGCUCCUCGGCGAUCGUUUGACAUACGUGGAUUUCCUGUGGUACGAAGUCCUGGAUUGGCAACUGUAUUUGGAUCCAGAAUGUUUCAAGGACUUCCCGGUCGUCCGUGACUUCAUCGAACGUUUCGAGAACCUCCCGAAAAUCAAGGAGUACUUGAAGUCGGAUAAGUUUCAGAAGUGGCCUCUCUUUGGAUCCAUGGCCUUGUGGGGACACAAGGAAGAAGGGAUGAAGCUUCGAUUCCCCGAUGGAUGAAUUUUCGAAAUCGCCUUCGAUCAUUCCUAUUCCCAUCUUUUCCUCCUAUUCAACUCUCUAUGAAAGCUCUUCUUACUGACGCCGGACUCUUUCAUUUGUCCCUUCAGUACGUAUUCUGAAAUAAAUAGUCGUGAAGGCGAAAACUGAAAUCGAGCCUCCUUAUAUUCUAAGGGAUUACCGAUUAUCGUCAAAUGCAAC